GAACUGGCUAUACAGAACUCAACUACUACAAGAACCGAGUAGGCCAAACCAACGGCAUAGAAUCAUGCAACUGUGGAGCACCUGAAACACCUCACCAUUUCCUUCUGGAGUGUCCCUGCUAUGAGAACGAACGAGCAGAUAUGUUACAACAAAUAUCCAAAGAGGUCGGGAUCAGAAACCUGAAUUUAGCUACUAUGCUAACGAGACUAGACGGUGAGAACACCGAAGAGACAAAAGCCAAACUACAAACAGUGGCACAUUACAUUGACAGAACAGGCAGAUUUGAUACUGCUGUUCCUCAAUCCCAAUCUUAACCAGCACAUACUAAUUUAAAGCACAGAGAAGAAAAUACGCCGAGAAAAACGCACCAAAGAGAAAACCUGCACAUUGGGAAAAUUCGUGCCAACAGGCCUUAAGAUUGAGGAUUGAGGAACGAUGCCAAGUACAUGUUGUUGUGUACCUGGAUGUCAUUUAAGAGGAGGACAUGCAUUUCCAAAUGACUUAAAAAGAAGAGAAAGUUGGAUCAACGCCAUGGCCCAUACGCAGAUUGGACGAGAAUACGAUGAAAUCGUGGAGUCCAUCUCAAUCAGCUGUUGUUUGCAAGGCACAUUUUACUGAAAAAGACUACGUGCAGGAAACUAUUCAUGGGUGCAAACCCACCAUACAGAGACUAAGGUCUACUGCCAUUCCCAGCCUAUUUUCCUGGAUUAAGCAAGAGACUGAAUCGUCCGCAAAAAGAAAAAUCAGGGCAGUUUCCUGUGAAAACAAAAGAACUAAACUUGAUGAAUAUUGUAGUAGAAAUCUAGAGGAAAGUUUUGAUUGUAAAGUUGGUUUUCCUGAAGAAGUCAUUCAUACUGCAGACAGGAUUUAUGACUGUCCACCACCAACUGCCGAGCUAAUGUUGAGCUUCACAGAUGGAAUUACGCAAACACCAUCAAUGCCUAUAUUUUCAGCAGAGAAUUUUGAAAUGAAGACACGUGACACAGCCAUGCAUUUUUAUACCGGUUUAGAGUUGUAUACUAAAUUUUUAUUUGUUUUCACCACACUUGGUCCAGCAGCACAUUGUUUGAGAUACAUAUAUUUUCAAAUUGAUAGGGUGUCAUUUGAAAAUCAGUUUUUUUAUGACUUUGAUGAAAUUGAGGCAUUAUACAACCAACUUUGAACUGUCUAGAUUCUAGAUUGAAACUAGUGUUAAGAAUAUUGUGUAAACAUGGAUUGUUUUUAUGUCUAAACAGUGGUGUGAGGCUAACACUUGGCCAUUAAGUGGUUUAGUCAGGUAUUUUUCGCCAUCCAACUUCAAAUUAAAGUUUCCUACAACUUGGAUUAUUAUUGACAGCACAGAAUAUCCCGUGAUAAAACCUAAAGCUCCUAGAGCUCAGGCAACCUUUUCAUCAUAUAAAAACAGAAACACUGAAAAUACUUGUAUGUUCGACACUGGUGGUUUAGUCAACUAUGUCUCUAAUGCAUAUGUUGGUUGUACCAGUGACUGUGAAAUAGUUGAAAGAUGUAGAAUAGUUCAAUUAUGUGAUCCAGGUGACAGUGUGAUGGCAGGCAAAGGUUUAAAUGUGCAAGAUUUGUUUGCUCACUUUUUUCAAAAAAAGAAACAGAAUUAGUUCCAAAACUCUUAUACGGGAUAGAAAAGUCUCCAAUUAACAUGUGCACAUAGAGCUAAUUAUUGGACUUGGCAAAACAUACAAAAUUCUAAUAAAUCCUAUGAAUGGAACUGAAACAAAACUUUCAUCUGAAAUAACAUUUAGUUGUUUUAUGUUGUGUAAUUUUAGAAUUUUUAUUGUGCCAAAGGAUGCAUAAAUAAAAGUGACACAAUGAA